CUGCUCCUUUUAUAAAUAAUGAGUUUCCUUCUUUGAAGGAGUCUUCCCUCCUUGGUAUAUUGCUUCAGGUGCAAAUCUCCCAAGUUUUAUCUUUUUGCACUUUAUUUAUCCAUUUUCGAUGCUCUCCAGUUUCGCUCACCUCUAGACUAGGCUCUCUUCUUUACCAGAAAUGUGUCUCUUUAUUAUGGUGGAUGUGACUCUGGCAAGUAUUUCCUUAAUAUCACCUUAAUAUCACAGGAACUUAUGGAAGUUGAGGAGGAAUCUCUAUUUGAAACUUGUAAAUGCAUUCAUCAUCAUCCCUCAUUUCUCUAUGCUCGGUUCCAAUAUCAGUACCAGAUCCAUCUAUUUGAGGGAGGUCCAAUUCCCUAUUGUUAGAAUUUCCUUUCUAAUAUAUGAGCUUCAGGAGUUGUAGACCUCCAUUUUUAUGGGAGCUCCGCCAAAUUAUGUCCUAUAUAACCAGGGAGAGUAAAGUUACUGAUAUUGCAUGUAAGAACUUUUAGCUGGCUCAUAUCAUCAGCUCUGUUAGACAAUCGCCUUGAGCACAGAAGAUAGGAUGAAACUUAGCCAGGCUCUUGCCUCUGACGAAAAAGCAAAACAUUUUCCUUUAACGCCUUUCAGAAUCCUCAGGGGUGUGAUAUGUUUAACGAUUCUUCUUUCAACCGCAUUCAUUUGCUUAAUUUAUUUCGCACCAGUAGCAGCUCUUCUCUUGCGCUUCUUCAGCACACAUUAUAGUAGGAAAGUAGUGUCAUUCCUCUUUGGUCUUUGGCUUGGAUUGUGGCCGUUCUUGUUUGAAAAGAUAAAUGAAACCAGAGUGGUCUUUUCUGGAGAACAUGUUCCGCCACAAGAACGUGUUCUGCUGAUGGCCAACCACAGAACAGAAGUUGAUUGGAUGUACUUGUGGGAUCUUGCAUUGCGGAAGGGAUGCUUGGGCCACAUCAAAUAUCUACUUAAGAAAAGUUUGAUGAGAUUGCCAGUCUUUGGAUGGGGAUUUCAUGUGCUGGAAUUCAUCCCACUCGAGAGAAAAUUAGAAGUGGAUGAACCAGUUAUAAGACAGAUGGUCUCGACUUUUACCAAUCCUCAGGAUCCACUUUGGCUGACCGUUUUCCCCGAGGGAACUGAUUUCACUGAGCAGAAGUGCAAAAGCAGCCAAGAGUUUGCUAUCAAGAAUGGAUUACCUGUUCUAAAGAAUGUACUGCUUCCAAAGACAAAAGGUUUUUAUGCAUGUUUGGAAAUAUUAAGGAGCUCCUUGGAUGCAGUUUAUGAUGUGACUAUCGCAUAUAAGAAUCAGUGUCCAACUCUAUUGGACAAUGUUUUCGGCGUGGAUCCUUCUCAAGUACACAUUCAUAUCAGACGCAUUCCCAUCGAGGAGAUUCCAGCAUCCGAAAAGGAGGCAUUUGCAUGGUUGAUGGAGACAUUUCAGUUGAAGGAUAAGUUACUCUCUAAUUUUAUUGCAAAUGGUCAUUUCCCUUAUGAAGGAACGGAAGAAGAACUCUCUACAGCAAAAUGCUUGGUCAAUUUUACACUAGUAACUGCUGUUACUGGAAUACUUGCAUUCUUUACAUUUUAUUCAUUCAUCUGGUUCAAAAUAUAUGUAGGUUUAUCUUGUCUAUACCUUGCUUCUGCUGCUUACUUCAAUUAUAGACCACAACCUAUUCUUGGUUGUACUAAUGAAAAGUCUUGGUGCAGAAAAAGUUCAUAGAAUGAAUAAUCAGCACAAGGUAAUAUUGAUGAUGAUUUUGAAUUGCA